AUGGCUUCUACUCUGUUGUCCCGAUAUCCAUGGGUAUCCAGCCCUUUCGUGGUCAGCGCGCCCAUGCGAGUCAUGUCCGGUCCAGCAUUGGCAAUCGCGGUCUCUCGUACCGGAGGUCUAGGAUUUAUCGGACCUGGGGCCAAAACACAAGACACAAGCGACGAUCUCGAAGAAGCAUCGUCGCUCCUUCGCCAAGCAGCCAACAAAAUCACAAACAAUGGCUCUACUCUACCUAUUGGUGUCGGGUAUCAGCUCUGGGCGGAUGAUAUUAACAUAGCGAUUGCUGGAAUUGAAAAAUACAAGCCUUGUGCGGCGUGGUUAUACGCCCCUCGCCAGGGACCGCAGGACUUUGAUGACUGGUCUAGCAAAAUCCGAAUCGCAUCUCCUGAAACUCAGAUAUGGAUUCAGAUUGGUACGUUAAAAGAAGCAAAACAACUUCUUCAAAGUAACCAGCGGCCGGAUGUUGUCGUCGUUCAAGGGUCCGAGUCCGGUGGACACGGUCGGGCGAAAGAUGGAAUGGGACUCAUGGCGUUGCUUCCCGAGGUGGCCGAUGUCAUGUCAAGCAGUCAAAUCCCCCUUUUCGCAGCUGGAGGUAUUGCCGACGGACGUGGAGUUGCAGCUGCGAUGUGUCUGGGGGCUUCCGGUGCAGUGAUGGGAACUCGAUUCCUAGCUGCCAGUGAAACACGGAUUAGUCGAGGAUAUCAAAAUGAGGUUGUUCGUGCAUCUGACGGGGCGGUUUCAACGACUCGUACCUUACUUUACAAUCAUCUCAGAGGUACUUUUGGGUGGCCGGAGGAAUACAGUCCCAGGACCAUCCUAAACAAGUCAUUCAUUGAGCAACAGGAAGGGAAAUCUUUUGACGAACUCAAGAAACUUCAUGAUGAAGCGACCAAGGCGGGUGAUAAAGGCUGGGGGCCAGAAGGCAGACUCGCUACUUAUGCUGGUGCAGCCGUUGGGUUGAUUCACGAGGUGAAGGGGGCGGGAGAUAUUGUCCGUGAGGUUCAAAAGGAUGUUCUGAACAGGAUUGAGAGGCUGUGGCCCCACACAGAUUAA